CAAGCAGCAUGGCGUCGGGAGUACUUGCAGGAAGAUUAGCUAUCGUGACGGGAGGAGGCAGUGGCAUAGGUAAAACAAUAUGUCAGGUGUUUGCCCGAGAGGGCGCUAUACUCGCAGUGGUGGACAUCGACAAGUCCAAUGCUGAGGCAACAGUGUCAGGACUCCCACAAGGCAGCCAGAAGCACCAGGCAUACACAGCCGACAUCGCCUCCUCCACCGAUAUUAACGCCAUGAUGGCACAAAUUAAAAGCCAAUUUUCGGUGCUGCCAUCUGUGGCUGUAAACUCUGCAGGAAUAACACGAGACAACUUCCUCAUGAAAAUGGAUGAGAAAAAUUUCGACAAGGUCAUUGAUGUCAAUUUGAAGGGCACGUUCCUGGUGAACCAGGCAGUCGGCAAAUGUAUGAUGGAGGGCAAGGUGGAGAAUGGAUCUAUCAUCAAUAUAUCCAGCAUCGUCGGCAAGAUGGGUAAUAUUGGGCAGGGCAACUAUGCAGCGUCCAAGGCAGGUGUUAUUGGACUGACGAAAACAGCGGCAAGAGAAUUUGCAAGGUUCAACAUUCGAGUGAACGCCGUCCUCCCUGGCUUCAUCGAUACUCCCAUGACAGCAGCGGUCCCGGAACACCUGCUACAGAGGGCGAUGUUCCUCGUUCCCAUGAUGAAGAUAGGGAAGUCAGAGGACGUAGCUGAUGCAUGCGUGUUCCUGGCCAGUGACAGAAGCAAGUACAUCACUGGUACCAGUCUCGAGGUUGCAGGUGGGCUCGGCAUAUAACAGACGAGGGAGCCAGCAUCGUAGCAAGGACCAUGUCCUAUUCUGUGAUACGGAGAGUUCCUUCCCUAGCUGCAGUACAUUGUUUUGAUUGACUAAAUAAAAGCUUUUCUACGAUGCCAACCGUUCAGUAUGCCUGAGCUGAUUUCACAGACAGGUUCCAUUUGUGAUCAAUGUACAGUAAAAAUAGGGGAUGUUCAACUCUAUCUGAAAGAAGACUGUUAUAAAAUAUAGGAUAAAGUGGUUAAACAGAGUUUCAACACAAAUUAUUUUUAUGUGGGAGAAAUAGACAUGGUGGUUGCUUUCAUACAGAUCUGUUUUCGGAGGCUGAUGCUUUGUGAAUACAGUUCUUUGGAUAGGCUCAAUAUUCAAGACGCACCAUUAUCUUUUUGUAUUGGACUUGGAUGUCUCCUACUUUUUAUAUUUAUGUGUACAUGUUUAUGUCUCAUUGGGCUAUGUGUGUGACUGAUGCCUGUCGCCUGUGUCGCUGUGCCACAAAGCAAUCUUGAUACCACAAAGCAAACUUGAUGUCACAAAGCAAUCUUGAUGCCACAAAGCAAACUUGAUGCCACAAAGCAAACUUUAUCCCACAAAGCAAUCUUGAUACCACAAAGCAAACUUUAUCCCACAAAGCAAUCUUGAUACCACAAAGCAAACUUAAUUCCACAAGGCAAUCUUGAUACCACAAAGAAAACUUUAUCCUACAAAUCAAUCUUGACAUCACAAAGAAAACUUUAUGCCUCAAAGCAAUUGUGACAUCACAAAGCAAACUUUAUGCCAGAAAGCAAUCUUGACAUCACAAAGCAAACUUGAUGCCACAAAGCAAACUUGACAUCAUAAAGCAAACUUGAUGCCACAAAGCAUACUUGAUGCCACAAAGCAAUCUUGAUGCCACAAAGCAAUCUUGAUGCCACAAAGCAAACUUCAUGCCACAAAGCAUACUUGAUGCCACAAAGCAAACUCCAUGCCACAAA